AUGGAUUUGCUCCGUUAUGGUCUCUCGCGUGGUGGAUCCCGACACGCGUCUUACUUGUGGCAAGGUGUAACAAAGCGUUAUUUAAGCACGCAACCUGCCGCCACAUCGUCGCCUACCACGCAUUAUCGUAUAACUUUGCGUCGCUCAGCUAUUGGUCUUCCGAAGCACACUGGUCGAGUUAUCGAGGCUCUUGGACUUCGUAAGCGUCUUCAAAGCGUUUACCACCGACAAAGUCCCGACAUCGCUGGCAUGGUGCUGGCUGUGAAAGAGCUUGUGCAUGUCGAAAAUGUGCGGUUGAUGGAGUCUUCCUCAGACCUCGUGGACGAGGUCGCGAACCCGGUAUGGGUUAACGCACAAGGCGAAGUGGUAGAUGCAGGACGUCUAUCUCGGAAGGCGCCUCGGGGAUUCAAGAUCGUGGGGAACCUAACCGAUGAACAGCGCGACGCAGCUUUUCGCUCUUCACCGGAGUAG